GGCACAUUCCCACUAAGGUCCCAUUUGAAGAGACAGCAGUGUUCCUUGUCGGCGACGUCUGAACGAGCACCCCGUUUGUCAUCCCAAAGCAGUCAUCACCGCCGCCGCCAUGACAGAGUCCGCCGAGGCUUUGUCGGCUAACCAGAAGAGCCGCAGGAACGUCACCAUCGAGAUCACCAACCUGACCAGCCAAUACUGCCUCAUGAACCCCAAGGUCUACCUGGACAGCGGCAACUGCCACAGCCCACCCCAGCCCACUGUGCGCCCCCUCAAAACCGAAGUGUGCAACUUCACCAAAAGCGCCGCAGCCACGUCGGGCACCGUGGGCGUGCUCACAUACGAGAUAUUUGAAGCUCACAAGAGCAGCCCGCUGGAGAAGCUAGCCAUCAUGUUCUCUGUGCCGUUCAACUACAAUCUCUACAAGAACUGGUUGGGUGUGGGCCUCUACCCCACAGGCCGUGACACCGACGAGAAGCUCUACAAGGAGAUGUACUACGACAAGGAUCAGAAGAGCUUCGUGCGUGAGGAGGCCAAGGGCUGCUGCGUCGACUUCCACGACUCCAAGAUGGACAUCAAAGUCACCAUGUCCCCCAUGGGAAGGGCCAUCAUGAAGGUGGAGGUGUGGGACAAUGUCUUCAACUGAACGCUUGUCCAUGUGCACGUGUGUCUCUCCUGAGCAAAUAAAGUGUAAC